AUAAAAAACAAAAGAACUGCAGGCAAGGUAAAUCGAAGUCAGGCCAGAAAGCAGACAACCAGAAAGUUCACAACGUAAACAUCAACAUGGCAGGUUCAGCACUGAGAAGACUUAUGGCAGAAUAUAAACAAUUGACUUUGGACCCACCGGAUGGUAUUGUGGCCGGCCCAGUCAGUGAAGACAAUUUUUUCGAAUGGGAAGCAUUAAUAGCUGGCCCCGAAGGAACAUGUUUUGAAGGUGGUGUGUUUCCUGCCCGUUUGGUGUUUCCACCAGACUAUCCCCUAAGUCCGCCAAAAAUGAAAUUCACCUGUGAAAUGUUUCAUCCAAAUAUCUUUGCUGAUGGCCGUGUCUGCAUAUCAAUAUUACAUGCCCCCGGUGAUGAUCCCAUGGGCUAUGAAUCAUCAGCCGAACGUUGGAGUCCCGUACAAAGUGUGGAAAAAAUUUUACUAAGUGUUGUAUCAAUGUUAGCCGAACCUAAUGAUGAAUCUGGUGCCAAUGUCGAUGCAGCUAUAAUGUGGCGUGAAAAACGCGAAGAAUUCAAUCAGAUAGCCAAACGUUUGGUACGCAAAACACUGGGUUUGCCAUCAUAAAUUUCGCAUACCUAUAUUUCGUUAGCAAUAAAAUGUAAUCAUAUUUAGGA